AUGCGAUUAUCCACUUCAUUGUUGCUCGCGCUCUGUUCGCGCCUUGUCCUCGCCACCCGACUGAUCGAGUCCAAAGCCCUCAGCCUCUGUUCCAACCAUGCAGGCAUCACCUCCACCCGCUUCAGCGUCGUUUUCACCCCCCAGAACCAGUCUCUUGCGUUGAGCUUUGAUGGCAUCUCCUCGCUGUCCGGCAGGGUAACCGCCGAACUGAUCCUCACCGUCUAUGGUUACACCGCGCUGCGACGGGUGCUGGAUCCCUGCAAUAUGGGUCUGGAGGGACUCUGUCCGCUGCAUGCGGGCGCCUUUCCAGUGAUGACCACCACGAUCAAGCUGCCGCAAUCGGUCGUGAACCAAAUCCCAGGAAUUGCAUACACAGUCCCCGAUCUCGACGCCUCGGUCCGCGUCUUCAUCAACUCGACAGAGACCGGCAACAGCCUCAGCUGCAUCGAGGCGGCGCUCUCCAACGGCAAGACCGUCUACCAGCCAGGCGUGGGCUGGACCACCGCCGUGAUCUCCGGGCUGGGCGUGGCGGUAUCGGCCGUGACCUCGGGCAUGGGACACUCCAAGACGGCCACCCAUAUCGCGACAAACGUGCUGGCGCUCUUCGGGUUCAUGCAGUCCCAGGCGAUGUUCGGGAUGACCGCGGUGCAUAUGCCGCCGAUUGUGCAGUCGUGGACGCAGAACUUCCAAUGGAGCAUGGGCAUCAUCCGCGUCGGCUUCCUCGAGACCCUCGCCACAUGGUACCAGCGCUCGACCGGCGGCGUGCCGUCGACCGUGCUGGCGAACCUCUCCCGCACAUCGAUCCACGUCCGCAAAAGGGAUGCGCCGACUAGUAUAGCGCUGCUGAAACGAGCCGCCUACACCAGCGGAAGCCGCAACCCCACCGUCGUCCGCGGCAUCCAGCGCGUCGGGUUCCGCGCGCACAUCGAGCUCACCAACAUCUUCCUGACGGGCCUGGCCUUCUUCAUCGCCUUUGUCAUCAUCGUCAUGCUGCUGGUCGCACUGUGCAGGGUGGUCGUGUCCGUGCUCGCAAAAUCAGGCAAGAUCCGCACGGACCGGUUCAAGGACGUGGACUGGUCGCAGUCCGCAAAGGGCAUCCUGUUCCGGCUCGUCUUCAUCGGCUUCCCGCAGAUGUGCGUCCUGUGUCUGUGGGAGCUGACGCAGAACGACUCGCCCGCCGAGAUGCUCCUCGCGGCGGUCAUGCUGUUGAGCUGCGCGGUGGUGGUGGGCUUCGCGGUGCAGCAGGUCGUCACGCGCGCGCGCCAGUCGGUCACUGCAAGCAACAACCCAGCGUACCUGCUGUACUCGGACGCCGGUUGCCUCGCGAAAUGGGGCAUUCUGUACACGCAGUACCGCGCAACGGCCUACCUGUUUAUCGGCGUCGUGCUCGCGCACACCGUCACCAAGAGCCUCUUCAUCAGUCUGAGCCAGCCGGCGCCGGUGGUGCAGACCGUGGCGCUGUUGAUCAUCGAGGCGAGCAUGCUGGUCGUCGCGGGCAUCGUGCGGCCGUGGAUGAACCGCAAGACGAACGUGUGCUGCAUCGCCAUCGCCGUCGUCAACCUGCUGAACGCCGUCUUCCUGCUGAUCUUCUCCGCCGUCUUCGACCAGCCGCCCAUCAUCUCCGGCGUCAUGGGCGUCGUCUUCUUCGUCUACAACGCCGCUUGCACCCUCAUCCUCCUCCUCGUGGUGCUCGUGGCUUCCGCCUACGCCCUCGCGUCAAAGAACCCCGAUACCCGCUACCAGCCCAUGCGCGACGACCGCGGGUCUUUCCUGCGCUCGUGCAGCAACGUUCAAUUGACGACUGAGCUGGACGCUCUCGGUGUCACCGCCCGCGGCGACGUCAAGGCAGCCUAUCCCGUCGCCCGCGUAGACGGUCGACCGGAUUCGUUCACCAAGAGCGAGCCACAACUUCCGCCUCGUCCACAGGACGAGAUGCUGCCACCGUUGCCUUCGUCAUCAGACCUGUCGGUGCCACUAUUCCCCAGCGAAACCGGACUGAGCCCGCUCAGCGCGUUAAGCCAGGACGCUCGCGCACGUCGGUCGCCGUCCAUUCUCCGCGGCGACAGUCCGGCGACGGUCAACUCGCGCACCGCGCUGGCGGACACGCGGCAGCAGAACAGCGCGAGCCCAUGGCAGCGGGGCGCGGGCUACGAGUAG